CGUCUCUUGAACAUCUGUUUUCGACAGCUCGUUGAAAAAUAUAUUUUUGUUUUUCUUGUGAAUUUCAUAAUUCUUUAUCAAAUAUGCAAGUAUAUUAAAAUUUAAAAUAUUAUUUUCAACAAAUUAAUUUACAUUAUGGCUCAUAUGUUACGUAAAUUAAUCCUCCCAACACUCCAAAGAGAGAUCUGUGCAAGGCAUAUCAAAACCAGUGCCGGCAACAACUUCCCCGAAUCCAAACCCCAACCUGAAGCACUCAAAAUCGAUCUCAGUGAAUCAUGUACAAAGCGUCUGAGUGAAAUUUGUAAAAAUGGUUUAUUCCUUCGCAUUACUGUCGAGGGUGGAGGUUGUUCGGGAUUUCAAUACAAAUUCGAUUUGGACAAUAAAAAGAAUGACGAUGAUCUAACGUUUGGCAAAGAAAAUGCACAAAUCGUCAUCGAUACGACUUCACUUGAAUAUUGUUCGGGUGCAAUUGUUGAUUAUCACACCGAAUUGAUUCGAUCGGGUUUUCGAAUUAUUGCAAAUCCUAAAGCUGAACAAGGUUGUUCAUGUGGAUCUUCAUUUGCAAUUAAAUUGGAUUAAAUGGAUGAUAUCGACGGAGAAUGAUGAUGAUGAGUUGUUGAGUGAUGAUUUGUUUGUAUUUAGAAAUUUAAGAAAUGAAACUUAGGUAUUUUGUUGAACAUUAAUAAAAUUUUAUUAAUAUAAUAAA